GCGUAAUCCUGCGCCACCCCCCGGCUCGGAGGUAUAUAUUGGGCGCCUCCCCUGCCAGGCCUUCCCUACGACAUCGACGGCAGCUGAAACACACAGAGGCACAGGGAUCAGGGAGAUCAGUGUUCAAGAGAAAGAGUCAGUGGUUGGCUAGUUGGUUGGUUUCUGAUUAGCUUGGUGGCCAUGGCAAUGGCGCAGCAAGCGAGCUUGUCCUGCUCCACUGCUACAUGGAGAGAGCUCACCAACACGAGCUGGAGGGACGACGACUACAGGCGCAUGGUGAUGGCGUACCUGAUCGAGGCGGUGUACCUGCUGGAGCUGGAGCGGCAGGAGCGCCGGGACGCGGCGGCGGUGGCGCAGCAGUGGUGGAAACCGUUCCAGUACCGCCUGGCGCACGAGCUGGUGGACGACCGCGACGGCUCCGUCUUCGGCGCCAUCUUCGAGCGCGACCACCACGCCGACGCCGACGGCCGGCCCAGCCCCAGCGGCGCCCCGAGCGCCGUCGUCGCGUUCCGGGGCACGCUCCUGCGCGCCCCCACCAUCCGCCGCGACGUCGAGGACGAGCUCCGCCUCCUGGCCCGGAACAGCCUCCGGGGCUCCGCGCGCCUGGCGCGCGCCCUGCAAGCGCUCAAGGCCACCAUCGAUAGGUUCGGCUCCGAGAACGUGUGCGUCUGCGGCCACUCCCUGGGCGCCGGCUUCGCGCGCCAGGUCGGCCGGAUGCUCACGGCCUCGUCGCCACGGCACCCGCGCCAGCACCAGCACCAGCAGGCGGCCGCCGCCGCCGCCGCCGCGUCGCUCGAGUUCCACCUCUUCAACGCACCCUACCUGUCCCUGCCCAUGGGCGUCAGGAGCGUGGUCAAGACGGCGGACUGCCUGCUCAAGGCGCUCCGCUCCGGCGCCGCCACCGUCGGCAGGUGGCACGGCAAGGCGCUCCGCAACGUGGCCUACGCCAACUGCAUCCUCGGCUACACCAGGCUCGAGAGCAGCAGGAAGUUGUGAGGAUCGGAUGCGUCGCCGAUGCUGACCUGACCCCGUUGCACGAACCAAACUGUACCUACGCGAUCAAGACCUGUGUGUGUGUGUGUGUGUGUGUAUGAAUCUGAUCAUCAUCUUGUAGAAAUUCAAUUCUAGGAGACGAAUAAGCAUCUGUCCGGAGGGAUGCAAGGCUUUGCAUGCGUGCUUUGCUUUGUACGGCGUAAGAAAAAAGAAUCGACAGUCUGAAUUGUGAAUUAUUAAUAGUAGCGGAUAUGUUGUUCA